UUUCUCCGGUGAAGAGCCGCGCGAGGUGGUGUGUCGGAGCUAUCCGGUGCCAUCCUUGUCGCUGCGGCGACCCCCGCACCUGCCGCCGCCAUGACUGAGCAGAUGACCCUUCGUGGCACCCUCAAGGGCCACAACGGCUGGGUAACGCAGAUCGCUACCACGCCACAGUUCCCCGACAUGAUACUGUCUGCCUCGCGAGAUAAGACCAUCAUCAUGUGGAAGCUCACGAGGGAUGAGACCAACUAUGGCAUUCCCCAACGUGCUCUGCGUGGUCACUCUCACUUUGUGAGUGACGUGGUCAUCUCUUCUGAUGGCCAGUUUGCGCUCUCAGGCUCCUGGGAUGGAACACUACGUCUCUGGGAUCUGACAACGGGCACCACCACGCGCCGCUUUGUAGGCCAUACCAAGGAUGUGCUGAGUGUGGCCUUCUCCUCUGACAACCGGCAGAUUGUCUCUGGCUCCCGAGAUAAAACCAUCAAGCUGUGGAAUACUCUGGGAGUUUGCAAGUACACCGUCCAGGACGAGAGCCACUCUGAAUGGGUGUCCUGUGUGCGCUUUUCACCCAACAGCAGCAAUCCCAUCAUCGUCUCCUGUGGCUGGGACAAGUUGGUCAAGGUGUGGAACUUGGCUAAUUGCAAACUGAAAACCAACCACAUCGGCCACACAGGCUACCUGAACACUGUGACGGUCUCUCCAGAUGGAUCCCUCUGUGCUUCCGGAGGCAAGACUCUGUUUGCAGGUUACACAGAUAACCUCGUGCGAGUAUGGCAGGUGACCAUCGGCACUCGGUAG